UUGAAAGAUUCAAUGUGAAGUUUCGUUUUCCUUAUUUAUGUUUCCGUGUUUUCAAACCUUUUUCUCCACAAAAGGUAGGGUUUCUAUGGUAGGACCGCCGCACUUUGAAAAAUUAAAUUACUGAAAUCGAAAAAAAAAAUCAGUGCGCCAUUCAUCAAGGUGUGAUAGCAAUGAUAUGUGCUAAAUCAUUUUUAAAACAUUUAAUAAAAACUGCAAAAUGUUCAUAUAUCGUGAACUUAAAAUUAUAAAUAAAUUUUAAAAAAACAUAAACGUUUUCACAACUGUUUUAAUUUAUUUCCGAAUAUUUCAAAUAGUAAAAUGAGACGAGUUUCAAUAAAUUCUUUUCUAGAACCGAAUUCUCCAAAUGUUCCAAAUCGUGUGACCAUACCGGACGGUGAUCUACGUCGAAACUCAGAUGAUACGGCAACUGAUAGAAUUUCGCUAACAAAUCAACUAGGAAAAUCUGCAUAUUCAACAACUACAGAAGAUUCGAUUGAUUCUGAAACUUCUGAAACUAGAAUGGAUUCAUCUAGAACGUCUGAAAUUUCCGGAAAUGUAAAAGAGGAUCCGGUAUCGGAAAAUCAAUAUGUUCUAGAAAAUUCUGAAAGUUCAGAAAGUAUUGUCGUAGAUCUUGAGAUGCCUGGAAUGACUCUUCGAUCCAAGGCCAGUCCUCGAAAACGCUAUAUGUCUAAAAAAGAAAAAGAUCUUAACGAUGAAAAAAAAAACUUCAAGGACCUGGUUCUGACGAUUGGCCAAAAUCAAAUUCAAGAUCCUGAUGAAGAUUUCCAAAUAACAAAAGAAGCAAUUGAUCUACUUCAAUCGGAAUCUGAUAAAAUUCUUCUGGAAAUGUUCACAUCUUCGAAUGCAAUUGCAACUGCUGGUGAGAGGGAUAUUUUGACUCCCACCGACAUUCAGACGGCUCGACACAUUCAAAUGAUCAUGAAAAAAUACAAGAAGUGAAAUUUUUCCAAUUGAACUUACGGAUAAUAAAUAUUAUUAUUUGAUCA